CACAAAACUAUAACCCCAAUAGCCCCGUCGCGCAUAGUCGCAACCCACAGUAAUUCCAUCACUACCAGCGCGACUCGAGUUCUUCAAAAAUGGACCCGCAAAUCGAUCUCCCGGACCUGGUAGAAGACCUCGAAGUCGACAUUGACGAGCUCACAACCGCUCUCGAACCACUACUCUCGAAACCGCUCUCAACAACCGCAUCAUCCCUCCCCCUCCUUGACAAAGCCAAACUCUACUGCCUCGCUGCAUAUGCCAUUGAGUCGCUUUUAUUCGCCUCGCUCACUGCAUCCGGCGUCAACGCAACCGAACACGCCAUCUUCAAAGAAAUCGCGCGUCUACGCCAGUACAACAGCAAAAUCAAAGAAAUCGAGGAUCGCGGCAUAAAAGGGAGUGCAGAGGGACGGGCGCGCCUCGAUGUCGCAGCCGCUGGGCGCUUCAUCAAGCACGGGCUGUUAGGCAACGACAAGUACGAUUUAGAGAGGCAGGAGCGCAUGGCCAAGGAGCGGGCGCGGGCACAUCUCAAGGCACAGCAAAUUAACAAGAAGUUUGACAAUGAGGGAAAGGAGGUACAGAAGGGACAGAAUGUAACGCCUAAGAAGAGGGGGGCGGAGGAAAAAGAGGAAGAGGAUGAGGAGGAUGAACAAGUGCUCGAAGGACUAGAAGAGGAGCCAGCAGUUAAAAAGGCACGUGUGCAAGACGGAACCGAAGCAGAUAUACCACAACCCAGGAAACGCGGCCGACCGUCUAAAAAGGAUAGAAAGGCUGAGGAAGCGCAGACUCGCACCACAAGAAAACGCAAUACGCGUCUUGCGAAUCAAGACGCAGAAGAGAACCAAGAAGAGGAAGGACAAGCAGAAGAAGAAGGCGAAGACGACGAUGAAGUAGCAGAUCAAGCGCCAAAGACACGCAGCGAGACAUUUACUGCGUUACUCGAUGGCUCGUUGAGUGAGAAGCACAAGCAGAAAAAGGCAAAGGGGAGGGGAGGAAAGAAGAAUGGCAAAGGGCGAGGGAAGUAAACCGUCUGUGGUUCCUUUUUCCUUGUCUCUCUUCUUCUUCAUAAAAUACAUUACUUAAAAGCGGGUUAUUUGUACGAAAUGCAAAACACGACUGGAUGUCUCUUCCAUAUCUUCUCGAAACAAGAAAACAAGGAGCACAAGCAACAUGAAUAAUAAUAUGACAAGUCUGUUAUGUUUGUAAUUUCUCUCCUCCUCCUCCUCCUCCUCCUCCUCCUCC